AUGUCCCUUACAUUUGGAGGAGCUCAACCUCAACAAAUGCAAUGUAACCAAAAAAUAAGCCUGGGCUCUUCUCUUAAUCCCACAACUUCCCCCACCUUUUGGCUUUCCUUUUCUGGCCAAUUUGCAUUUGGAUUCUAUCCACAAGGCAAUGGUUUUACGGUUGGAAUCUGGUUGGUGGGUACAGACAAUAAUAACACUGUUGUGUGGACAGCAAACCGCGAUGAUUCUCCGGUCACCUCAAACUCGACACUAGAUUUGACAAAGGAUGGUAAGCUUCUUUUGAGAGCUGAUGAGCAAGGAGUAGAGAAGCUUAUCAGUAGUGAUGCAACAGAGUCAACUUCUUCUGCCUGUAUGCUUGACAAUGGCAAUUUUGUUCUCUACAACAAAAAUGAUUCAACCAUUUGGGAGAGUUUCAGCUAUCCCACUGAUACUAUUUUGGGAGGGCAGAUUUUGUCCUCUGGUGCACAAUUGUUCUCUAGUUCAUCAGAGACCAAUCACUCAACUGGACGGUAUCGUCUGAAGAUGCAGGAUGAUGGAAACUUGGUUCUAUACCCGGUAAACACUGUCGACGAUGAAAGUGAAGCUUAUUGGAGCUCUUACAUUAGUUCCAAAAGCUUCAAGUUUCGCCUUUAUCUCAAUUAUUCAGGUGUUCUAGAAAUCAUCAAUAGCACUAGUAUGGAAAGAGUUAAAGUUUUGAAAUCACCAUUGGCCGACAAUAAGGCCAACACAAUUUAUCGUGCAACUCUUGUUUUUGAUGGAAUUUUCCGGUUGUACUCCCAUGCCUUUGACAAAGCAGACAAACAAAACUCAUCAUCACCAGAACCUUUGUGGUCAGCAUUGGAGGGCAAGGGUCUUUGUGAAGUGAAAGGUUUUUGUGGCUUCAACAGCUUUUGCACACUCAAUGAUGGCCAGCCGUACUGUCUUUGUCUUCCUGGAACACAUUUUGUUGAUCCGAAUCUCAAAUCUCUCGGCUGUGAGAGAAACUAUUCGGAAGUAGGGUGCGGAGGUGGCCACAAAGAUCAUAUUGCAAAUUAUUCCAUGCUUUCCAAGGAGAACAUGUUCUGGGAAGAUAAUCCUUACGCAUAUGUACACAUGUCAACAAAGGAAGAAUGCAGCAAUUCUUGCUUGGAAGAUUGCAAUUGUGAUGCAGCAUUGUUCAAGGAUUCAUAUUGCCAGAGACAGAAGCUUCCACUGAGAUAUGUUAGAAGGGAUACAAAGAGUAGCGUAGCUUUUUUCAAGGUGGGCAUAAGGAGCACUGAAAGCUGGAAUAAAACUUCUUCCACCCCAAAGAAGCCUCCUCUUCAUCAUGUGACAACCAAUAAGGCUAAAGUGCACAUUAUUGUUUUAAUUUUAGCUUUUACAAUAUUCUCCUGUCUCGCCCUUGGAAUUUCUGGCCUUUACACGUUCAAAAUUCGAGCUCUAAGGUAUAAAAGACUGAAAGAGAGUGAAACACUGGUCUUGACUAAGGGGCUUACUUUAAAUUUGUUUUCAUAUGAUGAGCUCAAAAGAGCUACAAAUGGAUUCAAACAUGAGUUGGGUAAGGGUUCUUUUGGAACGGUGUACAAAGGGGCUUUGUACAAAAGUAAGAAACUUGUUGCUGUGAAGAGACUAGAGAAAUUGGUGGAAGAUGGUGAAAGAGAGUUUCGUGCAGAGAUGCGAGCAAUAGGGAGAACUCGCCACAAAAAUUUGGUUCAAUUGUUGGGUUAUUGUGUUGAGGGCUCUAAGAGGUUGCUUGUCUAUGAAUAUAUGAGCAAUGGCUCCCUUGCCGAUCUUCUUUUUAAAGGUAUAAGGCGUCCAGACUGGGAUGAAAGAUUAAAAAUAGCAUUGGAUGUUGCAAGAGGAAUUCUCUAUUUACAUGAAGAGUGUAAGGCCCCUAUUAUUCAUUGUGAUAUAAAGCCUCAAAAUAUUUUGAUGGAUAAUUUUUGGACAGCUAAAAUUUCUGACUUUGGCAUGGCAAAAUUAUUAAUGCCAGAUCAAACAAGGACCUUCACAUUGGUUAGGGGGACUAGAGGGUAUAUAGCACCUGAGUGGCAGAAGAAUAUCCCAAUAUCAGUGAAGGCAGAUGUUUAUAGCUAUGGAAUAGUGCUUUUAGAGAUUGUAUGUUGUAGAAAGAAUAUGGAGGUUAAUGUAUCCGCACCUGAAGAAAUUGUUCUUUCUACUUGGGUAUAUAAAUGCUUUGCUGCUAAAGAGUUGGAUAAGAUUAUGGGUGGUGAAGAAGUAGAUAAGAGAACAUUGGAGAAUAUGGUUAAAGUGGGAUUAUGGUGCAUUCAAGAUGAACCAAUUCUUCGUCCUUCCAUGAAGAGUGUUGUAUUGAUGUUAGAAGGGAUUACUGAUAUAUCUGUUCCUCCAUGUCCAACUAAUGUCUCCAUGUAA